AUGCAAGUAUUUUAUCUGAAAGGUGGUUUAUAUAAUUUUAUUUUCCACAAUGAGGUACGUGGGAAAAAUGAAAUUAUUGAAUUCAACUGUCUCAUUCAAGAACCGGCUCUUCAAAAGUUUUGUGAUUUCAUCACUAUUUUAUUCGUGGUCGAACCUAAUUUACUAUCAAAAUUAUCAAUAACCGAAAACUAUCAAAAGCAAAAUAUUGCACAGAAGGGAAUUUUAGCUGAGAUUGAAGUACCUGAAAAAAUUAGAAUCAUGGAUGAUGUUGACAAUCGUGCCUUCUAUAAGCUUAUUGAUGAUGAAUUCAAGCGAUGUGAUUUUAUGGGUCGUUUACUCACUGAUGAUGGACAAUUUUAUUUAGAUGAAGAUGGUAGACCAACAAAUUACAUAGAAUGGCGUGAAGAAAAUCAUGAAUAUAUAAAUCCGAAAACACUCCCCUUGCCAGAAACAAAUAUACCAACACGUGAAGCUGGAAUGGAAUUUCGACAAAACAUGAUUGAUGCAUUUAAUGCCGAAGUUGAUCAGAAUCUACAUACUGAUGAAGACAUUCAAGCAUGGAAUGAAAAACUAGAGACUUCAACAAGGAAUGAAGCAUUUGAAAGUUGGGCAGGAAGACGAUACGAACCAGAAAAAAUAGUAUAA